UUUUUUUUUGUUCGUUCAAAUUUUGGUUUUAUUAUGAUCUCAAAUAUUUCAUCAAUUAAUCAUCAUUGUAAUACCGGUGGUUACAUUAUAAAACUACUGGUACCAUAAUAAUAACCGGCAUAUUACACAAUGGUUGGUGCUGGCAUUACAAAUUCCGGUUCUAUUAAUAAUAAUAAUAUCAAUAACGGUAAUAUGAAUUCUGGAUCUGGUUCAAUAAUAACAACAUCAUCAACAACAUUAUCAUCAUCUAAUUCAUCCUCAUCAUCAUCAUCAUCGGUAGCAACUGCUGCUGCUGCUGCUGCCGUUGCUGCUGCAGCUACUUCCAAUCAUUCAUCAUCAUCAUCCGGUGGUGUUGGUGGUGGUGGUGGUAAUCAUGGUGGUUCACCAUUCAUUUAUCAUUCAAAUCGUGGACAUCCAAAUUUUAAUCCAACAAAACCGGUGGUUGUACAUAUACCGACACAACAUCGAACGGAAUCACAUUCAAAUCGAUCAACAAAAUCGAAAAAUGAAAAACCAAAUAAAUCAAAUCGAAAAAAACAAAUGAAUAUGAAAGAUGAUCGAAAUUCAUCAUCAUCAUCAACAUCAUCAUCACAUCAAUAUGAUUCACCAUAUCAUCAAUUCGGUUAUUAUCCGGAAGAUGAAUUAAUCAAUUCAACUAUUGAUGAUGAUAUAGGUGGUGGUGGUGGUGGUGGUUGUAGUAUUAGCAGCAUGGCCAUCGGUGGUGCUGCUGGUGGUGGCAAUAUGGUUGGCAUUGGAUUAACAAAUAGUAAUAAACAAAUGGCUGCAACACGUUAUCAUCGUAAUAAUAUAUUGAUAUCUGAAGUAUUUUCCGAUAAAGUUAUGCCCGAUGUACGUACAAUCGUCACGAAUAGUCGUUUAGAAGUAUUACGUAAACAGGCUGAUUCAUUAAUCCUACAUCAAGAAAGAUCACUCAGUGAAUUGGCAAAUAUGGAACAAUUAUUUAAAGAGAAAAAACGUAAAUUACUUGAAUCAAGUGAAGAAUUUAAUCGCCAAUUACAACGUUAUAGUAAACAGCCUGCAUUUGAUACAGAAAUGUAUCAAAAAAUGAUUGAUACAGCUAUGGAACAGAUUCGACAACAAUAUAGUGAUCAAAAACAUCAACAGCAACAACAACAACAACAACAGGAAAAUGAUAAAUUAUUGAUUAAUGGUAAUGAUACGAUUAAAGAUGGAAAUCAGAAAAAUUCUACCACCACAGCAAUAACAAAUGUAAAUAGCCAUACUAUAAAGCAACAAUCGUCACAACAGCAAUUACAGUGCAAUGGACAACAACAAUCAAUUGGUAUGGAAAAUGUGAAAUUAAAUGUUUCAUCGUCAACAACUGCAACAACAACACCACCACCGUCAACAACAACAACAACAAUAACAACAACAACUAAAUCGCCACCAUUAAAUGAUGGCAACAACAAUAACGAAUAA